UCAGUUCUCUGCGGUAUGUUUGGUGUCGACUUCCUCUUGUCGAAGUAGAUGCCCUUUCGACUCAUGUUUUGCCUGUUUCUAACUUUGUUUUGGCCCCGUCAGACAUGAUUGCGGAAUUUUAACGUUCAUCAGAUAACAGAAUAAAAAUAUUUCAGAAUGAGCGUGCACCUCGGUAGAGCUACAUCGCUGUCAUCACAAACGUGGUCUCGAGUUGCCCAUGCUCGAUCUUCAUGGAAACUAUGGUGGUCGCAAUUCAACAGUGUAUUGUCUUGCAGAGGGAUGGCUGGCCAGUCUGAUAGUCCUAUGAAUGUUUUUGACAGGAAAGCGAAACGCAUACAGAAAAACAGAACGGCUUUGAUGAAAGAUUAUCAAGUUUAUGAGUAUUUGAAGGAUGAGAUUGGAUUCAGAGUUGCUGACAGAAUUUGCGAUGUUAAAAGAAAGUUUGGUGUUGCUGUGGAUCUUGGUUGUGGCCGCGGACAUGUCUCUAAGCACAUCUAUAGUGACAUGGUUGGAACAUUAUACCAGUGUGACAUGGCAGACAGGGUACUGAUGCAAAGUGAAUUAUCUCCUGAGGUUCCCACCCAUCGAAUUAUUGCUGAUGAAGAAUAUUUUCCUUUCAAAGAGAACUCCCUUGACCUUGUUGUCAGCAGUCUCAGCCUUCACUGGGUGAAUGACUUGCCUGGAUGCUUUAGGCAGGUCCACAAUGCACUGAAGGAUGAUGGGGUGUUUAUUGGCAGUAUGUUUGGAGGAGACACUCUGUUUGAACUGAGAGUAUCCCUGCAGUUGGCAGAAACAGAACGGGAAGGGGGUUUUGCCCCUCACAUCUCUCCUUUCAAUGUAAGAGACCUGGGCAACCUUCUCACAAGAUCUGGCUACACCAUGUUAACUAUCGACACUGACGAACUUGUAGUCAACUACCCGUCCAUGUACGAACUUAUGCAGGAUCUCAAAGGUAUGGGAGAAAACAACUGUUCCUGGAACAGGAAGUCAUUGCUGCACCGUGACACCACCAAAGCUGCAGCUGCUAUAUAUAAAGAAAUGCAUGGGAAUGAAGACGGGGUACCUGCAACAUUUCAAAUAAUGUACUUCAUUGGUUGGAAACCUGAUAAAUCACAGCCUGAGGCAGCCAUGAGGGGGAUCAGGUCAGGUGUCCUUGAAAGACCUUGAUCAGUUGGACAAGCUCACCAAAGACUUCCAUGACGCCAAGGACCGCUAUGAUAAGGAUCGGCUGGAUGAGAUAGCUGAACAGUUGCAGAAUAGAACUAAACCAGACAAAGAUGAUAAGAAAUAAAGACAAUAUUGUCCUCAAGAUAUGAAGAAGAUACUGUCCAUGUCCAAGGAGUUGAAGAAGACAUUGUUCUCAGGUGUGAAGAAGACAUUGUUCUCAAGAAAUGAAGAAGACGUGCCAAGGAGUUGAGAAGACAUUGUCCUUAGAAAUGAAGGAGACAUUGUCCUCAAGAGAUUCAUGAAGACGUGCCAUGUUGAAUGCCUCAUAUUAAUUAAAUAAAUGAAAAAAGGUUC